UGGUAUAAUCCGUUCAAAAAGUUGAAGAAGACAAAGAGUGCACACACUGACAAAAUCUUCUCGACCAAAUUUCUUUCCUCUAGCCCAACAGUGAAGACAAAAUGCCCCCAAAGAAGAAGAACAAGCCACAGAGGAACGGUUUCUGGGUGUACAUGCAAGAGAUGAUCCCGGAAUACAAGCGGCAGGGAUACCAGAUGCCAAACGGCAUGGCUGACGUUGUCAAACUCGCCCACCCAUCUUGGAAGGCCAUGCCAGAGAUGGAGAAGCAGGAAUAUGAAAGGCAGGCCAAGGAACUCAAAAAGAGUGCCUCUGCUACAGCUGGUCGUCUGGACUGCAAGGGCAGACCUUUAGCUGACCGAGUAGACACCAAAGCCAUCCUGGAGAAGAGACGUUUGGAGGAGAGGAGGAGGGUUGUUGCAGCCUGGCCUCCAGGAAGGGGUGUUGUCCAUGAGAAGUUCUUGCUGCUGAGUAUCCAGUCUCUGUGUGAGCUGCCUGAUGACAUGGGGUACAUGCCGUGUGAGAUCGGCGUGGUGGAGUAUUCACUACAGGAGGGUAUCACACGGGAGUUCCACAGGUUCAUACAACCUGGAAAACCACCGCUGGGAUAUCGAUACUUGUGCCAAAGCACCAGUGACAACACACAUCAGAUCCCCAUCGAGGGGUUCGAGCUGGCGGAGGGAGACUACCACCGACUAUGGACAGAUCUCUGCAAGUUUACCAGCCCCAACGGCAGGGACUUUCCUCCGCUAUACGUUCAAGUGACACACACUUCCAUGUGUGAGUGGUGCCUGGACUGGCUGUCAGAAAUGGCAGGCGAGUACAACAGGUUCCACGUGUACGAGUUGGACAGUCUAGUGAAGGACUUGUACGAGCACGGCGAGGGCCACGCCCCCUCCCUCAGCAUGAUAGCAUCCAUCCUCAACACUUCAGUCUUUGACUAUGAAGAUGGGUCCAGCUGUGAAUACCACGCCAGCAAGGAGGUGAAGUACUGUGCUCUGGGAGCAGUCAAGAGAUUCUGUUUCUCCAUCAGUGACUCCAUGGCCCAGGUGUAUGACCUACAGCUGACAGCCCGUCACCUCCCGGAGAGACCAGAGAACCAGGGCCACUACACCAUCCUGCCUUCUGAUGCCUUCGCUCUGGACAGGAGGCCCAUGUGGGACCCUCCAUCUCGACAGAGAACCACAUCCCAGCCCAGAGGAGCAGCCUAUAACCCACCUCCCUCCUACAGCAGAGACCAGCGUAACGGUAUAGCAGCUGCCUCACCCUCCGAAGGCAACUUCCCCGCAAGAGACAUACGCGUACUCACACAGGCGACCCAUUCAGCCAGCUCCUCGAAUGUUCCUGAAACUCAAGCACUGCGGAAGCCAACCACUCCGGGUGAGUACCUGUACCUACUUCAGCUUUUCUUCCACAGGACUUACUGCCUUCAGUUUGUGUCCACUCCAACCAAGACAACAGGCAAUGUCAAGGGUUGGUGUGAACUGAGCAAGGGUGGAUGUCUAACUGUGAAGGCUACAUACUUCUAA